GUCGUCAUUUCUCUGCCAGCCUCUUUAAACUACUCGGACCUCUCUGAGACUUCUUAACCCUUUUCUUCGGAGGUUAGAGAGCAAAAGUAGGCAGCAUGGCUUCCUUUGGAUGGAAGAGGAAAAUUGGUGAGAAGGUCUCCAAGGCCACUUCACAGCAAUUUGAAGCUGAAGCUGCUGAUGAGAAAGAUGUAGUUGAGAAUGAUGAAGGAAACUGGCUUCAUGCCAUUAAACGUAGGAAAGAAAUUCUCCUUGAAGGCUGUACUGAGAAAAGUAAACAGCUGAAGGAUGAAGGAGCCAAUUUGGCUGAAAAUAAAAGAUAUCGGGAGGCAAUUCAGAAGUGGGAUGAAGCACUACAGUUAACCCCAAAUGAUGCUACCCUCUAUGAGAUGAAAUCACAGGUUCUGAUGUCUCUUCAUGAAAUGUUCCCAGCAGUACAUGCUGCAGAAAUGGCUGUACAACGAAACCCACAUUCAUGGGAGUCUUGGCAAACUUUGGGGCGUGCUCAGCUUGGAUUAGGAGAGAUAGUCCUGGCAAUUCGAAGUUUUCAGGUAGCCCUUCAUAUCUAUCCAAUGAACCCUGAACUAUGGAAAGAAGACCUUUCUUGGGCAAGAACACUUCAGGAGCAGCAGAAGGUAGCACAGAGGAUUAAGAAAAGUGAAGCACCAUCUGAAGGAACACAUUUUUCACCAAAGUCAAUUCCUGACUAUGACUUUGAAAGCGAUGAGAUUGUUGCUGUUUGUGCAGCUAUUGCUGAAAAACAGAAGACAGUUUCAGCAAAUAAAACAAUGGUUAUUGUGUCAGCUUCUGGGACUGUUGAGACUGUAACUGAGAAGGAGGAUGGUGCUACCCCACCAGAUGGCUCUGUUUUUAUCAAAGCCCGAUGAAGCAAUAUGCAGAAAGGAGUUAUUUGAAUCUUUUUGAUUGCAACUUAAGUUUAGACAUUAGGGACAUUUACUCUGGAGAAAGAAGGCAGAACUACUGUUUGUAUAAUAAGUUUUUCAGAUGAAUAUAAAAACUAAAUGGUAGAAUUAUAGUGUUUGGACUAUGCCUUGAUAAGUUACAAUUUAUGCUUCUUAAAAUUAGAAUUCUGAGUGAAAUAUGUUUUGAUUGAUAAACUUAGUUUGUUUAAAAUCUGAAUGAAUACAUUCUUAAGGAUUCAACUUGAGAAGUGUAUUCUUGAAUAGUGACUAACUUGGUGGCCAUUGUUUUUAAAAUGUUGACUUAUUGACUUGUUUUAUGAUAAAGGCAGUGUGUGAUUUCUUUCCCUCCUAGAGAUAUGCUGCUUGUUACCCUUCACUCUUCCAUUUUUCCUGCUUCACUAAAGUAAGUCUUCACAAAGCUUGAAUAUUUUUGACAUUCAUUUUGAUUCAAAAUUACCAUUUGGUAAUAUGUGAAAUUUUUGAAAGUUUGUCUGAAAAUGUGUGCAAAUUGUGUACAUUCUGAACAUUUUCUUGAUGCUUUUAAUUCAGAUUUGUACUUCUGUUUUGACUUUAAAGUUCUAUCAGUGGCAUUUGUGUUCUUAGAUGUGUGAAAUACUGAUAAAUGUCAAAAUGAUGGUUUUAUUAUUUUCAUUGUUAUGGUUACAGAUGUGUCAUAACAGAUUGUGCUCCAAAAUUAUCACAAUCAAAACCCAAAUUUCUUUUCCUUGUUUUUAGAUGCUUAAAAAGCCCUGAGAAUAUUUGUUGGUUGCGAUGAUUUAGAAUUACUUUUCCAAAUAUCUUUUGGAACUAUUCAGUGAAAUGAAAAACAAUUAAAAUUUAAAUAUGUACCAUAUCUUUCUAAAAAUAAAGCAGUAGGGAUAUUGUUAAAAUGCCAGUGAAUGAACAAGUUAAGCAAAAAAUACAUAGACACUGGAAUGUGAUUUAUGGUAUAAUCUCAUGAAUGUGAGGAUGUAUUAAAGAAGUUGUUUGUUGAAAGAACACAUUUGUAAAUCAGUACUAUCAUUGUUAAUAUGAUUAUUUUUAUACUGUAUAUUGCCGUAUAACCCUAUAGGACUGUUGGGAACUGUUAUUGUGACACUCAGGAAGAUAUUAUUGGCAUAAAAUUAAUUUUAUCUUUUAGAGAUGAGAGUUAGCUACUUUUUUGUGUGAUCUUACCUAACACUGUUGGAGCAUGUGAAUAAUGGUCUACAUUUUUGUGAGAAUUCCAUUUUUAAAAUUUUUGUUCUAGUAGAAGAAAGCCUAUUUUCUUUUUUCAGAGUUAGAGAAAUCAACACUUGCCUUAAAAAGUAUUAUAGUUUUCCCCUAGGUUAUGUCAUCAAAAAGCCCUGGUUAAAGAGAUGAGUUUUAGAAUGAUAAAAAUAUUACUUAUUUUAUUUUGUUUAAUGAGGAAUAUUCUCAAAGGGAGGUGGGUACUAGAGAAGUGAUUUGUCAACAUUUGGUAUGUUGUUUUGUGCAAUGGAUAUUUGUUUAUUGUGAAAUAUGUGAAUAAAUAGUUUUUUUCCUGAA